AUGAUGGUGGUUGAAAUCGAGAUGAAAACAAACGGAACACAAGAGACACAAUUGACGACCAAGUAUAUUAAUCUCUACCAGGAAAAAUUAAAAGGAAAUGGUCAAGAAAACGAAACCAUUGUCAACCAAGCCAUUAAAGAAGUUAAGGCGUUAAUUGGUGAGAUUGAUAUUUAUAUUUCAGAUAGAAGUAUAGAAUAUGAUAUCAAACGCCAUUUAAUAUCUUUUAAGGAGUUGGCCCAAAGGAAUAUUGAAGAGGAAAAGAAAGAUUGA